AAACAGAUGAACAAUAAAUGCAACCAAACACUAACAAUUUACUAAUCUAUUACUCAGAUUACUUUUUAAAAUCUUUACGUUUUACCGGGGCAGUUUAACCAUGCUUUUUAAGACAGACUGGGGCCAAAUCUUUAGUAAGUUUUCUGAAAGAGAACUUCAUAUCCCACAAUGCCUACUUCCGUAACCUACUAGCAUUUUUUACAGAAGUGUUUAGUUUUCGCUAGCUGCUACAGGUGUCACACACGAGUCAGUAGUACUCGUGUUAAAUGCAGAUAACCGUGAAAAUGAAAGGAGUGCGUCUCUGCCACUUCUAGCAGCGAUGGAUGGAGAGACCGCCACGGGGACUGAGUCGUGGGAGGACUGCAUGCUCGCUCCUGUGGACCGGCUCCGUUUAGAGAGGGCGGACAGCCCCACACCGGGUCUGGUGGAGGGAACCGAACCAGGUGCUGGUCAGAGGAGUGCUAUGUUUGUCCAAGCACAGUCCUUCGAAGAUCUGACUUCUGAGGCAGAAGAAGAGGCGCAGAGAUCAGCUGCAGAGGAAAACCCAGAAGGACCAGAUGAAGGGGAGUACAAGGUGCAGAACCACGACUUUUCAUCAGACAGCAGGACAAAGGAGGAGGAUGUGUCCAGUGAGGCGUGGCGGAGUCAUAAAAAGCACGUGUUUGUGUUGAGCGAGGCUGGAAAGCCUAUCUACACCCGCUACGGCACGGAGGAGGCUCUGUCCAGCACCAUGGGGGUGAUGAUGGCCCUGGUGUCCUUCGUAGAGGCUGAGAAGAACAUCAUCCGCUCCAUCCAUGCAGAUGGUUGUAAGGUGGUGUUCCUCACCAAGAGUCCUCUGGUUCUGGUGGGCGUGUCUCGGACCUCUCAGUCAGACAAGGAGCUGCUGCGAGAGCUUCAGUACAUCUACUACCAGAUCGUCAGCCUGCUCACGCUCACCCAGCUCAACCACAUCUUCCAGAACAAGCAGAACUACGACCUGCGCCGCCUGCUGGCCGGCUCCGAGUACCUCACCGACAACCUGCUGCACCGCCUGGAGCGAGACCCCGGCCUGCUGCUCAGCGCCGUCACCUGUCUGCCUCUGGCCAGCUGCUCCAGGGACGCGGUGUCGUCCAGCCUGCAGGCCGCCAAAGCCAAGAACCUGGUCUUCUCCAUCCUGCUGGCCGGAGACCGGCUGGUCACUCUAAUCAGGAAAAAGGACCAGUUCCUCCACCACAUAGACUUACACCUGGUCUUGAACCUCGUCGGCUCAUCUUCCAGCUUCCGGGAGGGCGAGGGCUGGACCCCCAUCUGCCUGCCAAAGUUCAACACAUCUGGGUUUUUCCACGCUCACAUUUCUUACCUGGAGCCUGCGUCUGAGCUCUGCCUCAUCCUGGUCUCCACCGACAGAGAGGACUUCUUUAACAUGUCUGACUGUAAGCAGCGCUUCUUGGAGAGGCUGAGUAAGCGCUGCGCCUACCAGAGCCUGAAGGAGGCGCUUAAGUGUCCAACCUACCCGGUGUCGCAGGUCGGCAUCCCAGACCUCAGACACUUCCUGUACAAGUCAAAGAGCUCAGGGCUGUACACCAGUCCCGAGUUCCCUGAUGUGUACCGGUCUGGACAAGAGCAGGAGCGGCUGAUGGGGCUGUACCAGGACCUCCACAGCUGUUUGCACCAUCCAACCAGACCCCUGCGCUCCUUCUACCGGUGCGGAGAAACUGAGAACCUGCUGGCUUGGGUGACGAGCGGCUUUGAGCUCUACCUCUGCUUCAGUCCGCUGGCCUCCAAGGCCUCAGCCGUCGCUGCUGUCAACAAACUUCUGAAGUGGAUCAGGAAGGAAGAAGAUCGUCUUUUCAUCUUGAGCCCACUCACGUACUGAGUCCUCGCCGACCUCCUGACCUCGGAUAGAGCACCAAUCAUCUCGCUGUAGACAUGACGAUUGUCAGAGCUAUGCAUUUCUGAUUCUAGUGUAACAAAACCGGGUUUGUGAUUGAACAGGAUGAACUAAAGCAGUAUUUUAGCUGGUGAGUUUUAGACCUUUUAUUUUGAAAAGCAGCAUCAAUGUGGUUCUCAACAGCAUUUUGACUGUAACAGAGCUGCCACUCCUCUCACAAAGGUAAAGUUGCUGUUUGCCUUUUUUUAAUGCUUUCAACUCUUUUUAGAAAUGUCAAAAAAAGAAAAAAAAUCCAGAAACUCGGCGUAGCGGCUUUUCAGAGCAGCUGCCUUCCCGUUGAGCAUUCAUGUUUCUGAAGACCACGAUCACUUUGCCUCCAGGCUUCCCUCCAUGAUCAGCAUGUUCAUUUUUUAUCUUACUUUUACAGCAGAGAGGCUGCGCAGUGGCGCAGUGGUUAGAGCGGUGGCCUUGCAGCAAGAAGGUCCUGGGUUCGAUUCCCGGCCUGGGAUCUUUCUGCAUGGAGUUUGCAUGUUCUCCCUGUGCAUGCGUGGGUUCUCUCCGGGUACUCCGGCUUCCUCCCACAGUCCAAAAACAUGACUGUUAGGUUGAUUGGUCUGUCCAAAUUGUCCUUAGGUGUGUGUGCGUGAGUGUGUGUGCAUGAUUGUUUGUCCUGUGUGUCUCUGUGUUGCACUGCGAUGGACUGGCUCUCUGUCCAGGGUGUACCCCGCCUAAUUGCCCGUUGACCGCUGGAGAUAGGCACCAGCUCCCCCCCCGUGACCCCACAUGGACAAGCGGGUUCAGAAGAUGGAUGGAUGGAUUUACAGCAGAAUCACUCAAGCUGUUCAUUCUGUCUGUUUUCAUGCUUUCCUGUUUGCUGCUCUAGUGGACAGGAAGCCUUUCUGCACGUGUCAAAAUCUGCAGGUUUGAGUGUUUCUCUGGGUUUGUCUGCGUAAUCUCUUCCUGGCUCCUGCUUCUGUAGCUCAUCAUGACUUUUAUUGUGUAAAGACAUGAACGGAAUUUCAAAAUAACAGUCUGGUAAUAAACAGCUUAGAGAGCAAACGCU